ACAGGCCGAAAGUGGGUGUCAUGGCAACUGGUGGCACUCCUUUGGGUGACAGUUCAGAAGAACUACAUAACUGGCCAGUACCCAGUGGUAGUCUGGAAGAUAGGCUCAACAACAUGGACUGGGGUGUUCAGCAGAAGAAAGGCAACAGAUACUCAGAGAAAAACAAGAAAAAGUUGUCUGCUGUGGUGGUAGAGAGCCGAUUGACGAAUGAUAUUUCACCCGAGUCAACCCCUGCGGCCAGUCGCAGGAGAGCACGCACUCCUCAUUCCUUUCCUCAUGUCAAGUACACUACCCAGAUGUCAGUUCCAGACCAGGCUGAGUUGGACAAGCUACGUCAGAGGAUCAAUUUCACAGACCUGGAUGAGAGGAGUGUGGGCAGUGAUUCCCAGGGUCGUGUCACAGCUGCCAACAACCAGCGGCAGUUAGCUGGAGAGAACAAGAAGCCUUACAACUUUUUACCUCUGCAUGUGAACACUAAUAAAAGAAGGGAUUUGCUUCCUCCCUCCUCUUCUGCUCCAACCACUCCAGCUAUUGCUAAGGAAGCCAAGAAGCAGAGCCCAGGGCUCAGGGAUGCUUUAAUCCCACCAAGUCAUACCAAGGAAACAGCAAGGCUUGGAUGUAGUGGUACUGACAGAGGACCCAUGAUAUGCAGAGAACACAGAAGAGGAGAGCAGAGAGUUGACAGCAGUCAGGUGGUGAGUUCACUGAUUCAGAUCCGGGAAUACAUCAGUAAGGCCAGCUCCAUGCGGGAUGACCUGGUGGAGAAAAACGAUGUGCCAGCCAACGUGGAGCGUCUUUCCCGCCUUAUCAACCACCUCAAGGAGCAGGAGAAGUCUUACUUACGGUUUUUGCAGAAAAUGCUGGCAGGGGAGAAUGAUGAGGAUGACGUGGGGACGCUGGACUCUGCCGUGGGUUCAGGUUCCCUGGCAGAUGAUGUUUCUCUUAACAUUGAGGUGCGCCAUUCAGAUCCCUUCAGUACAAUGGAUGGCAGGCCAGAAGCUGGACAAGGAGCCCAGAAGGAAGAGUUGGAGAAUUUGCAGAAGCAGCAUGAACUGCUGAAGAAGAUGCUGGAGCAGCAGGAACAGCUCAGGGCUCUGCGUGGCCGUCAGGAAGCACUGAUGGCCAUGCAGCACAGUGCAGAACAGGCACUUGCUGUGAUUGAUGACACCGUUGUCACAGAAACCACAGGCAGUGUGUCAGGCCUCAGCUUCACAUCAGAACUGAAUGAGGAAUUAAAUGAUUUGAUCCAGCGGUUUCACAACCAGCUUCAUGAUUCUCAGAGUAAAGCUGUGCCAGACAAUCGUCGUCAGGCAGAGAGUCUUUCCCUCUCCAGAGAGGUGUGCUGUUCUAGGUCUGCCCAUGUUAUUGGGCCACCUCAGCACAGGCCGUUUCUUCACUCUGCCUCCGGCCCCCACACCAGCCUGGACGAUGGGGCAACAGCUGCCUGCACCAAGCUCACCAAGCUCCAAGAGCUCCAGGAUAAGAAGCAGACUAUGGACAAAAUCCUACAAGAGCUGCACUCACUCAGAGACCAGACACUGAACAAUAACUCAUGUCGUGGCAUGUUGACACAGUGCAGUCUGAAUGCUGUAGACUGUCCAUCUGCUGUCUGCUCUAAUGAGGCCUCAGCUUCUGCAUCCUUUCAUCCCUCAAUCACACGGCAUCAGGACAGCUCUACAAAUAAACUCAGGAGGCUAAAGGAGGUUCAUCAGCGAUUAAAUGAGCUCCGGGAACUGGUACAGUACUAUGAGCAGACAUCUGAUAUGAUGGUGGAUGCAGUCAAUGAGAAUGUGAAAGAUGAGGAAGAGGACGACACUGAAGAUGGUUCGGUGUUUGAGACCAUGUUUGACUCUGAACAGGAAACUCGCCAAACAGCAGCUAACAUCAGAAACCCGCAGCACAGUGGGAACUGGACAGACCUGAACAGCCGGAGUAACAUGCACAGCGGAAGGAGCGGUGGUACUAAUAACCGGGACGGCAGACUCAACACUGACUGUGAGAUAAAUAAUCGGUCAGCAGCAAACCUCCGCAGCCUCAACAUCCCCUCAGCCAUAGAGUGCCAGUAUAACAGGGACACGCCCUAUAAUCAGGUGAAUGAUGACGAUGAGGAAGCUGAAGAUGGUCUUGAUAAUGAUGAAGUUGUACAGCCUAUGCCUGCAGACAGUGAUGCAUCUGGGUCCAGUCGGAGAAGUAGCUUUGGGAACGACGCAGAGUUUGUCCAAAAGGUUCACCGACAGGCAGCGAAGCAGAAACUGCGGCAGCUGCAGGAGCUGGUGGCCAUGGUUCAGAGCGAUGACACAGAUGGCACAACAGCUAAUGAAGAUGAAGUUUUACACCAACCGCCAAAUAAUAUCAGAAGUUCUGUGGCGAGGCCAUUAGGAGCCAGAGCGAAUAAAGAUCCCAGAGAUUUCACUCUUUCUAGCAAAGCCAGAGAGAAACUGUAUGAAGAGAAGCUGCAUCAGCAAAAAGUGGAGCUGAAACAGCUCCAAGAAGAACGCCAGAGACUCAUUGAAAUCCAGGGCAAAAUCCAGGACAUCCAGUGGGCUUGCCCCGACCUCCAGUCAUCCAUUUCCAGCACAGUGAGCCAGCCUGUGUUGCUCAACAAGAUUCCUAUUACUGUUUCAACUCCAGCCACUGUGCAGGCUUCUUCCUCUUCGAGACCCAAAAUCAAUUCAACUGUGGUGAAAUCUCCUGCAGAAGCAACUACUAUGGCAUCUGUCACUGACAAUGAGCAGCUUUGGUCAAAGAUCCGUCGUCACCAGAUUCUACGUGAGGAACUACGCCAGCGUAGAAAGCACCUGGAGUCAUUGAUGGCUGAACACCAGAGGCGUAAUGGCCUCUGUGACUCUCCUUGUAGGGUUGAGGACCAGGAAAGUCUGGCUACACCGUCACUGUCUGUCAGUAGAGAUGAAAGGACUAUGGCUACCUGGGGUUCCUCACCUUCCCGCCCUGAUGAUGAGGAUGACAAUAAUGAUGAUUGCUAUCGUGCAGAAGAGGACGAGGAUCAGGAAGUGUGUGCUGAGAGCAGCUCCGAUGAAGACAUUCACAUCUACACACCGAGCAGAAACCAGUGCUCCUUCAGCAGUAGGAAGAAUCAAGGAAGCAACCUGAAGCCUCCACCAGCUUUUUCGGAUGAGCCCAGUGUUCACCCAUCAGUUCAUGUCAAAGCUAAUACUAAACAGCAGCAGCCUGGGAGCCAGCAUGGACCAACUCUACGGCAGGAGAAUCUGCGCUGGGCUUCUGAGCUCUCCUUCACUGAAAGCUCAAACCACUGGAGAGAGCAAGUCAGUCAGAUGCAGGGACAGCUGGACUUCAGCACCAACAUGUGUCAAACACUCUUACAAGACCAACAGACUCUGUCAUGUAUGUUGCAAACCCUGCUGACUGGACAGUACAAUAUGUUGCCCAACAACAUGACCUCACCGCAGGUCCAGCUGGUCAUGCAUCAGCUCAACCAGUGUUAUAUGCAGCUGGCCUGGCAACAAAACAACGUGCAAAGACUGAAGCAAGUCCUAAAUGAGCUUGUGCUUCAGCAGCAGCAGCAGUCUUCCUCUUCACCAGCAGGUUGGCAGUCCUCAUGUAAAGAAUCCAGCUCCUGUCCCCCAUUUGCUCCAUGUGUCUUCAUGUCAUUCCCUUCUAUCGUGCACCCUUCAGCCAACAACAUUCCUGCUGCAGCCGCAUCUCCAGUCCCUUCAAGCAUGUAUCCAUGCUUCCCUUCUGCCAUGGGGGAGUUCCCUCACACUACUUCUGAUCACCAGGGCCAGCAGUUUGACCCCAACACUUCUAUAAAAACAGAUUACAUGAGUUUUCCUCCUCCAUUGCAGCGCUCUCCUAUUAACUGUGCUCCAAAGAAAGAACAAACUACCUGGCUCAACACCACUGAUGCAAACAAUGUCAUCCAACAUCACCCACCAAAAGUAGAGCACCAAGCGCCUGCCGCUUCCCCGCACCACCACAUCAGUCACCACUCCAGAAGCAAGGGCUUUGACCAGGCCUCACAGCAAAGCUUCAGCAGUAUGCCAGAUCCUGUUGACCCGACAACAAUCACCAAGACUUUUAAGGGCGGACGCAAAGCCUCUGCCCAAGCCAGUCUCGCCUCCCGAAACAAGAUGACAAGUACUAAAAGUCGUCGCAGGUGGAGCAAAGGGCACAACAAGAAUAGUGAAGGUCAGGAAAUUAACAGCGUCAGCAGCUCUGGAGAAUUUGUCCAGGAGGCAACACCUCGGGUUCAGCACAAGGAUCUCAAUCAGAGUCUGUUGGACAAGUUGACUCAAGAGAAACUAGACAGUAAAGCUAAACUUGGGAACAAGCGAAAUGACCUCUCCUCUGCCUAUGCUUGGAGAACACCCUUCCUCUCUAACAGAAUUGCAUGCACAGAAGCACCAGAUGCAAGUAGUGACUUUUCACUGUUUGAGGCACUGAGGGAGACCAUUUACUCUGAGGUGGCGACUUUGAUAUCUCAAAACGAGUCUCGACCUCACUUCCUCAUCGAGCUCUUCCACGAGCUGCAGCUGCUUAACACAGACUACUUACGGCAGCGGGCGCUGUAUUCUCUGCAGGAUAUAGUGACGAACCAUUUGGCAGAAAAGAAGGCAGCCGAGGACCAGUUGCCCCCUCUGGGAUCUGGAGCGUGGGCUGCAGGAUCUCAGUCUGAGCUCACGCCCAGUGAGAGUCUCACCAGUGAUACAGAAGUUGUGGAGAAGAAUUUGAGACUGGUACAGCACACUGUGAAGAAGGGCGAGGAUGGCGAGUCUCUGGACAACGACAGCACCAUGUCAACGUCCUCAAACUUGGAACCCUUCAUGAAUGAAGAACUGGGCAACACAGUGAUUCAUUUGGACAAAGCUUUAGCCAAGCUUUCACCUUCUGAAUCAGUUGAAGGAGAAGCAGCUGGUAAUGAUGGUUAUUCUCAGAUUGACACCCAGGAACUGCAUCAUCAGAUCAAGGCCAUCAUGUCUGAGGUCAUUCCCUUUCUGACGGAAAACAUGGAUGAGGUGUGUUCCAUCCAGCUACUGACAUCUUUGAGGCGCAUGGUCCUCACUCUGACCCAACAAAAUGAAGAGAGCAAAGAGUUUGUCUGCUUUUUCCACAGACAGCUGGGAAGCAUCCUACAGGAGGCUCUUAAUAAAUUUGUGGGUCGCACACUGAAGGAGUGUGGAGAGGACCUUCUAGUGGAGAUCUCUGAGAUCCUCUUCAAUGAACUGGCCUUUUUUAAACUCAUGCAAGACUUGGACAACCGCAGCAACAUCACGUUGGCAGCGAAGCAAAAAAGCAUGAAACCGGAAGAACAGUCCGGUAAAGCCAAAGAAAUUCUGAAGGAAACUGUGAUGGCUGUGGGUGAUAAAUCUGUUUCCCCAGCCUAUUCAGAUGAAGAUAAGGACGAAGAUGAGCUUGAACAAGGCAGUGAUACUGCUCACAAGGAAGUGUACCUGCAGGCUGUGAUGAAGAACAAUGGGAGCAAUGAAUGUUCAGAGAUCGAUGAGGAUGAAGGCAACAGGGAAGAAAUGCGUCUUUCUAUCAGUCUCUCCAAAGCAGAGACCCAGGCUCUGACGAGCUAUGGCAGCGGAGAGGAUGAAAACGAGGAGGAGGAGAUGGAGGAUUUUGAGACUGGUCCUGUCGAAGUUCAAACCUCCUUGCAGGUCUCUGCUGAUGGUCAGGUGGAGCAGGAGGGAGCAGCAUGCAGUGAGACAAAGGAGACCAAAACUGAACAGGAAGGUUCACAGAGUGAUGACGCAGAGGUAGAUAGGUCCGAUGGCGUUGUAGGUUCUGCUGUAGAAGAACCUGCUAUGGUGACGUGCCAGAGUACUGAUAGUAGUAAAGAUGGAGCAGGUGCUCUCUCUGAAGGAGACGCUGCAGCCUUGCAUGGUCAGGAUGUCCCGAAGGAUUCCACCACCAUGAGUAGUCCUGACACCGACUCACCCGUCAUGAUCAAUGUAGAUGAGGUGGGCUCUGGGAACACCAGCCAGAAAUCUGACGAGGAGGACUUCGUUAAGGUGGAUGACUUACCACUGCAGCUUACAGUCAUGUGCGAGGAGGCUCUUCAGAAGAGAUUAGAGGAGGAGCAGCAGAACAACAACCUGUGUGUGGAGAUCCUCAGUGGGAACUCAGACUCGCUGACGGGUCUUGUGGGGAACGCAGAGGCACUGAAAGAACCAGAAACUGUUGCCCAGAAUGAAGAGUGAGGGGCGGGGAGGGGAGUAUUACAGAUGUCUAAACCUCAUAUUUGCACCAACACUAUGCUUACCCAUUAAAUCGGUUCAGGAUGUAGGAUUGUUGAUGAAUUUGUUAAUGGAGUAACGGCUCAUAUUAUGGGUCACAAGGUAGCAAUGACACACAUACAG